GCCAUCCCCAAAAAUGUGGUGUGACCUUUUCGACGAGAGUGACGAAGUUGCUGCUGAAAUGGCGCAACAACUUCAGCCGAUUUUUACAAAAACGGAAAUAGCGACGGCCACACCCUCCACCAGUAAUAGCUCAGCCUUAAAAGUAGUGCAGUCGAUGGAAUCGAAAGUGGAUAGCAGGAUACUCGAAGAAGUGCUAGACUAUAAUUCGAACUUAUUGGCCGGGAAUUCUUUAGCUACUACUACGCACCUUAUAGCAGCAGCUUCAUCUUCUUCAUACGAGACCAAUCCACUGCAGCACAGUACGUUAACGAAUCGGGUACCCUUCAACCCCUCAGACGACGUCUCAGACCUAGUGUCAGACCCCCUAGGAAUGCAAUUUGGCAUCCUAAACUUACACGCGGACUUUCCAGUGAUGGGCAUGCCAGAAACCACGCCAGAAACGCAUGCGCCUGCUGAAAAGCGAAGGCGUUUUGAUAGGAGUCUUGACGGAAGUAAAGAAAUAGGUAAGGAGUCUAGACGCCCGUUACUCCCGUCGUGGUCUUGGGACAAAGUAGUGACGUUUUUAGCGGAAGAAGUUAAAAAAUCUCCUCCGCUUCUGCACGAACAUCGCCCCGCGAACCCAAUUCUUCACACUAAGGCGAUGGCAGAACAAGUAAUCAAUGCGCAUGGUAUUGUCCCGACCUUCAACCAGAUGCGCUGGAAUAAGAACACACUGAAGAGCUACCAGAAACAAUAUGGGAAAUAUGUGGAGCUGAUGAUAGCGUGCGGACUCUCACCAUCACCGGAAGAAGCAUCAGCUUACCGCAUGCGUUUGCUAGCGCGCGCCUUGGCAAUCUGCGACGAAGCUACUCAGUCAAGAUCGACGUACUACUCUUAUAUAAAGAACUGCAUCACCUCGAAGUCCAUCCUUACACCAGACGCGGAAGCAGCCUACAAACAAGGCCUUGGCGUCCUUAUCAACAUGCGACGACUACCGAGCCAGGAAAGAGGCAUACGCCUCUCUCAUCUACUUGUCGCUGCCGCAGUUAUAGAGCAACGCCCUGCUGUGACGGUCGGCCCACCAGCUGACCCACUUCCAUUCUUCCAAUUUGUCUCAUACAUCAUCACCGCCUGGUUCUUGUUCUUAAGGCCAGACGAUCAGAGACACUCCAUUUUCUGCCCUUCAGGAGACGGGAAGUGGGCUCGCUUUCGUAUCACCUCGUCUAAACGAGAUCAAGAAGGACAGGCUUGGGAGGCCGAUUUAUGCUGUUCUUGUUCUUGGGCCCCGCAGACGCCUCUGGGGAAGAUUUUGUUCUGUCCAGUUCAUGCGCUUCCGCCACAAUUGUGGGACAAAUUUAAAAACUGGCCUAGUAGUGCAGUACAAGACGGCCUGCGCCAACUUUUGGAAUGCGCGGGACUACCAGCGCUAGAAUCUACACGAAAAGAAAACGGUAGGUUCGUGUGGAACUCCUACUCGGUACGAAUUGGCGGCGCCUGUAGUGCUCGAGAAGGUGGCCUGUCACUAGAUGAAUGCACUAAAAUCGGCAGAUGGAAGCAGUCUUCCACAGCAUUUCACUACGCCUCGCAGUGCUACCUUAAAAGCGAUAGCGCGGCUAUGAAGUGGCCAAUCAAGCGCCCCCAUGUUUUUCAAUAAUCAACUCUUUACCAAAAGCAUCAUGCAAAAAAGCCUCCACUCAAACAGGGAGAAAAAAGCCAACCUUCCAAAUUAUCUCAAAUUGGGCUACUACGCCUCGACAUCAAAUCCAACUUUCUUGGAUUUUGUGUGCCCCCGCAUAAACAACAGCAAUCGAGUCCACUUAUAGUGAAGGCUUUUUACCUUUGCUUUGUCUCAAUACGCAACAGAUUUAGCAAUUCUGUUUUGUAUUAGAAAAAAUCACAACAG